AUGGCGGAUGAGAGGGAAAAGCAGGUUUACUUGGCCAAGCUCUCCGAGCAAACCGAACGAUACGAUGAAAUGGUUGAGGCGAUGAAGAAAGUUGCUCAGCUUGAUGUGGAGCUCACCGUAGAGGAGAGGAAUCUUGUAUCUGUAGGGUACAAGAACGUGAUUGGAGCUAGGAGAGCUUCAUGGAGAAUACUAUCCUCCAUUGAGCAGAAGGAAGAGUCCAAGGGAAAUGACGAAAAUGUCAAGAGGCUCAAGAAUUACCGAAAGAGGGUCGAAGAUGAGCUUGCCAAAGUUUGCAAUGACAUCUUGUCUGUCAUCGAUAAGCAUCUCAUCCCGUCGUCUAACGCUGUGGAGUCAACUGUCUUUUUCUACAAAAUGAAAGGAGACUAUUACCGUUAUCUGGCAGAGUUCAGUUCUGGUACUGAACGCAAGGAGGCUGCAGAUCAGUCUCUUGAGGCAUAUAAGGCUGCUGUUGCUGCUGCAGAGACUGGUUUGGCACCAACACAUCCAGUUAGACUUGGCUUGGCGUUGAACUUCUCUGUUUUCUACUAUGAGAUCUUAAACUCUCCUGAAAGUGCAUGCCAAUUGGCUAAACAAGCAUUCGACGAUGCAAUUGCUGAACUCGACAGCCUCAACGAGGAAUCGUACAAGGACAGCACUCUUAUUAUGCAGCUACUUAGAGACAAUCUCACCUUGUGGACUUCUGACCUCCCUGAUGAAGUUGAGGAGCGAUCCAAAGGUGAUGAGCCUCAAGAAGAGAAUUGA